GGGAUCGGAAAAUAAUUCUCCGCCGUGAGUUACCACCGAUACGCCACCGUAAAUGGAAGGAGUGGGUGCCAGAUUCGGCCGUUCAUCAACUAGGUACGGUCCGACCACUGUAUUUACCGGUCCGGUUCGGAGAUGGAAGAAGAAAUGGGUUCACGUCAGCUCCAGCAAAAACAAUCACCAAUCGACCGCCGCUAACGGCAGAGUUAAUGGCAGUAAUGUCUCUCAUCUCGUGUUUUUGAAGUGGACUCCGAUUACUGCCAGCCAAAAUAACAACAACAAUAACAGUAGCGCCGAUAAGGAUGGCGAUUCCAAAAGCCCCGAUAAGGACGAUGACGUUCCGAUCGAGGAACCUCCCAAACGUAAAUUCAAGUAUAUUCCGGUUGCUCUGCUUGAAAAUCAAAAUAAUGAGACAUCAGACCAGGAUGAGGAUGAAGCUAAACCAAUGGUGGCUGAUGCAAAUACCGGGGAGCCAACAUCUCAAGCUGAUGAUUGUGAUGAAAAACCUGACAUCAAUGAUGUGCCGAUGGAAGAAAAUCAGGAUCCAGAGGAUAAACCUCCAGAAAGACAAGAUUUAAAUGAAAACACAUUGGACUUGUCUCUGGAAUCCACGGGUCAGGAGGAAAAAGAUGCUGACUCGAAAACCAUUCAGACCGAAGAGGAUAAAUUGGACAAAGUGAACUAGAGAUGGCAGCGGGGCAGGGGGUUAAGUCUUCCCCUUCUAAGGUUUAGCUCCGCUUUGCCCUGCCCCGCCCCAUCUAACCCCAUUGUCGUGUUCAGCUUUUUGUUAUCAAUUGUGUAGUUUGUUCAGCUUAAUUAUAGGCAUGCAAACUGUGUAGUUUAUCACAAUUGUUUACUAAAGAUAUGAAGCACAAAAGUAAUAGCACAACUGGAGAACAAUUUUUUUUAUGCAACUUUUAAAGUUUAGCUGAUUUUGUAACUGAAA